UGCAACAUUGGGAAUUUCUGUAUCAUAUACAGGACAACAUCUUUCUAAGCUAAAUUCAUGUGUUUGGUUUAAGGCUCUAUAAAUUAGUGGAUUUAGUUAAUCAAGAUGUUGAUGUUAGUGAUGAUGAAGAAGAGGAAUUAUUUGGGGUGGAAAAAUUCUAUGUCAUACUAUAUUUUCCUAUUUUUCGACUAAAAUCUGGCACCAUGUGCUUCAUGCCCACUAGUUCCAGUAAGAAGAAGCUGAGAAUAACCUUAUUUGUGUCAGGAAAAAGUAAACCUCUGAGUCAACUCAAUUUGUGUCUCCAGUUACUGUAAAUAUGAAAUAAAAAUAUCAUUGUGGCUGUGUUUGGCACAAGGAAAUAAGGUGCAAGGAAAUUAUCUUGAGUGUUUGACAGAUAGGAAAAUGAAAAUCAAAUGAUUUAGUGAGAGGUCAUUUCUAAAGUAUUAGCAACUUAUGCCAGCAUCCUUUAGAAAUAUGAAUAACUUCAUUAGUGGUGGAAAGACACCUUUUCCAUCAUAGAAUGCUUUAGCCGAACAAAACCCACAGGUAUUAAGUUAAUUAUAAGUCAGGUAUUAAGUUAUUAAGUGUAACUUUAUAGAUCGGAGACCCCCCUUUUGAUAUGUAUUGAGAUGGAUGUGCAUGCUUUUGUGGUCGGUUUUGGAAAUACAAACAGCUGAUUUUAUUGAAGCCUUUCUGUUGUGCUGUUAGUUUGCUUGCUCAUUAUAUACAAUGAAAUAUUGGCACUUUUGCUAACUUGCUAUAGUUUUUUUUAUAUAUAAAUAUAAAUAUAUAUAUAACUUAUCCAUUUAAAGACUAUCCCAAAACAAUAUACCAAAACAUACUGGUACCAAAAUAUUCCGUUCCAAUACCUCAACUGGAACGGAAUUCAAAACUUUGGAUGGCAGAGCUCCAUCUCCAGCUGCAAAAACCUAAGGGACCAAAAGGAAAGAGAGAUGCAUUUUAAUCUGCACACCAAGCACUAGUGCUCCCUUUGGAUCUCUCAGCUCUACGAUCACAGCCACCAACCCUUUGUGAGCAUAGAGCAAUGGGCCGUAAAGCUGGUACGCUUCAUAUCAACCCAAAGAAAUUUGGCUCUCUUCACAAGCCUUGCAUGAAGGAAAUGAUUACAUUUCUCAACUGCUUGGCUGUUAACCACAGCAGUGACGAUAAGUGUGUUAGGCAGACGGAACUUUUGAGCGCUUGUAUGGAUUCUCAGACAAGCAAUAAAAGGAAGUCCUGGGGAAGUAUUAAUUACCACCUGCAGAGGCUUAACAGAGGAAGGAAGUAGUUUGGGGUUUUUAGAGAAGAAUGUUUGACUCGGGCUCAUUAUUCAGGGGUUCAGAGUUGCAGACGUUUAGUAGCAGGAGAAGGAACUAUUUUGUUUAUUGAACCAAAGAGUGUACCAUUUCUCGAUUCAACUUGGAUGAUAUUUCACCAGUGAAAACAUCAAACAUUUUUUAAACAAAUAUACUGUAGUUUAUAUAAAUCCUCAUCCAGUAGAGGUUUGCAAUAAUCUGUAAAAUGAGUUGGACAAGAAAGGAAUCUGAGCUAUUUCUCUGCUCUGCCAUUCGAAGCUUUGACAUGUUCCUUUGAUUGCAAAA